UAUAACUAACGCGAAUGCCGAUACAAUCUGGGAAAAAGCUGGCAAGUUUAGCGAACUAAUUCGCUAGUGGUUAUAUACGUAUUCGCGCGAAUUUCAGUGCUUAUACAUAAUACAAUCUCAAGUUACAUUAAAAAUCAACUUUUACCUACACCGUUCAAUUACAUUUGUGAAGACAUAUUUCAAAACGUUUCCUUCAGCCGAAAAUUGCUAAAGGAGCAGAGGACAACACGCAUUGCUGAAUAAUUAUGACUUCCUCCGUGCUGCCCGGACAGAAGAAAACAAGGUUCCUCCCAGACAUCAACGCUGCUACCGCUCCUACUCCCCGUGAGAGGACGGGCUUUCUCAAAGCCAGGCCCCACCACGAGCUUGACACAAACCGCCACGAAAACGCCUCGGGCGAAACUCCAGUUACCGAGGAUGACAUAGCACAAUUCCGGAACACCCUUCGCCAAAAUCUUUGCGUGUCGAUGUUGCGGGAAGGGUUUCAUCGCUCCUUUGCGGAGUUCUUUUCGUUGCUGGAACGCUGGCGAGCGUCGCGCGAGGCGGCGGGACCGGGCAGCGCGCUGUGGCAGCAGCGCCCACUCGAGAAGCAUCCGCGCAAACUGGAGCCGCUGAGAGAGCACCUUACACGCGCUGAGUCUGCAGAGAGAGCCGGCCAGUAUGUAGAAGUCUAUGAAAAUUAUUUGGCUCUGGCUAGGUUUUUCUCUGAGCCAGAAGACAGGUGGAUUCGUUAUCACUUCUAUGAGCUCAGCCUCCUGUCCGCCGGCAAGAUCAAGAUGGACUCUGGCAAGCGCGAGGCCGAGGCCAACGGGCACAUGGGGGAGGUGUACUUAGAGCAAGGUGAUUUUGAGCUUGCUAGGGAGCAUUACGAGGUGUUCUACAACCUGGCCGUGGGCAGAUUGUGGCAGGACGAGAGUGGGAACACACACCACUCUCGUGCAUGCAUGGGUCUCUGCAGGAUCUACACACUGCUGGCACAGAGACAGCUGCAGACUAAAGACUACCGAACAGCUAUUCAGAUCCUCACCAAGGCAUACGAUAUGGCUAAGGAAGGAGGGGAGAGAAGGAUGGAGGGAGAAGCAGCCUACAGAGUGGGUCUGGCCUAUCAGUGCAAGGGUGACCAAAAAGCUGCAAAAGAGUUUCUGAGCACAUUUGCAGAGAUCGCCACAGGACUCGAUGAUGCAGCCGGUCUGGGGAAAGCUUACAAAGCCAUCGCCAAAUCACUGGAGAUUGAGGGUAAAAUGAGUGAAUCCAUCGAGUACCUACAGAAAUAUGCUGCAGUUUCUCAAGACAGCAAGCAGGAGCAGAACUUACAGGAUGCCUGCAUGUGCCUGGGAACCAUACACAGCUCCAGAGGUCAGUAUGACCGUGGCAGUGACUACUUUUCCCAGGCGUAUGAGCUUGCGUGCUCCCUGGGCUCUGUGCCGGCCCUGCGCAAAGCCCAGGCCUGUGUGGGCGUUGCACGCGCCCACGCCCUGCUGCGGCCGUACAGUGCCGCCGUGGUGACAGGCGGACCACGGAGCCUCCUCGCGCUCAUCCGCUGGAAGGAGGUGCGGGAGGACGGGUUCGUCGACUCAUCCGGAGAAGAAGUGAUGGGAUGAUGAGAGGAGAACACAGGGAGUGGGACAGGGAAUGGUACAUAAUGAGCAGAAAUCUGUGACCGAAACAAAUAAAAGCUUUUAAAAUGAA